AUGUACCUUUACAACUUGGAUACUGAGGGGCUGUCCGACCUACUACGAAACGUACGAGGUAGUCGGGUCUGCAAUAUCAAACACUUCUCUAUCGCAAGCCACAAGGAAUCAAAAGCUCUGGCUAAAGACGUCCACGCCUUGCUGACUUUACCCAAGACCCUAAGAAGCGUCUCGCUCUACUGGCACAACUACAAGUUCAAGACAGGCCCUGCCAAAAAGGAUGUUGCGCUAAAGAUCUCGAAUGAACAAGUAUGGCAAGCUCUCAAACAAAGUUCGGCAACUCUUGAAAGCCUUGAUAUUGUCCAUGGAUUUAAAGCUGGCCGGCAUAAUGUUACUGACCAUUUCGGGCCUUUGACCUCGUUCACGGCGUUGAAAAGUAUCAUAAUACAGGUGGAAGUCCUCCUUGGCUAUGACGAUUCUAGUUUACUUACCUGCCUCCCGUUCACCCACGAGGACCUCACCUUGAUGAUCGACACGGUCCGCCUACCACGUUUACCAAAGUUAUUCUCGCAGCUAAGCCUUCUCGUCUCCUCAACUAAGCUCCCUUCACUCAAAAGUCUCGGGCUCGGCGGCAAACACCCAUCCGACUUUUCGCCGGGUCGAACCGAGCCCGCGAUUUCUGACGCAUACCAGAAUCUCCAUGAGAUAUGCCUCCAAUGCGCUGUUUCCUUUGCGGCGGUUAGCUACCACCACAGGAACCACGUAUUCUCUAAAGGGGGCCGUGACCCGUGGAUAUGGAGAAAGACCAUGUACAUGAUGGGCACGGGCUUCCACCGGAUGCAAAAAGUCCGCGAGAAACUACAGAGGCGGGCAAACGACGAGUCCACAGACUCGGGCGGCGACGAGGAUCGAGCACGGACGGGGCAAUGCCAUACACUCCCCUUCCUCGACCACAGAGGGGAGACCUCAUACAUGGUCUUUGAGGCGCAGGAUCCCCCCAGGCUUCCACCAUUAAUCUCGUGCGCUUUCUACUUCACGCAUCCGGAUACCGAUCGCGAUCUUCCCAAGCAUCUCGACCUGGUCGGGUUGUACAAGGUGCUGAGGGAUUGGUGUGCAGAGGACUUCCACAUCCGACUGGACGUCUACUUCAUCCCCGGCGCCGGCGCCGGGUCCAGCGAGAGCGAGUGUAUAGCGCACUACCGUGCCGAAAAGGCCGUUCGGGCAAACUCGCACGAGCAGAUGCAAGAGUCCCUCGCGCGCCGCCGCGACGCCACACUCCCUCCCCUUCCCCGACCCCUACCGGGCAUGGUGCCGGAAAUCAGAGGCUUCCGCCGCCCGCCCUGGGAAGGGAACCUAUGUAUCUGCCCAGGGCGCGACUGGCGCGAUGUCGACCCUAGUAACGCACAGACUUUCUCCUGUGUUGAGCUUGGCUUUCUGCUGCGUGCGGGUGAUGGUGAUGCUGGUGGUGGUGGUGGUCCUGAACCGUUUGGGGUCUUCUCCCAGCAGUUUCCACUUUCAGGUGAUACCGACGCGACUGUUGCAGGGUACGUAUGGGAUAUUGCGCUCCACUUUGAGGAUCCGUACUUCGGGCCUUAUCAGAGGGCUGUGAGGAAGGGAUGGGCAUCUUGGUAA